AUCACAAUGAAGCUGAAGAAAAUAAUGUUUAUAAAGUUAACCAAUUGCAAAACAUGAGAUGGGUGAAAAUUGCCUGUAAUGAUAUAACUGUUGAGACCAUUAAAAAUUGCUGGGCUCAUACAAAAAUUAUAUUACCUCAUGAUGAAUUCAGAAUGCCUAUCAUCUCUGAAAGUGUAAAUGGAAGUAUAGAAGAAAAUUUAGUAGAAGAAAAUGUUAAUGAAGAAAACUUAAAUGAAAAGUUAAUUGAUGAUAUUCAGUGCAAAUAG